GGCGCCAGCCCCUUUAAGGGCGGCCGGGAGCCGCUCCGCCCGCUCAUUUCCUAGCGCACAGGAAGUGGGGCCGCAGCUCGGCGGCGGGGCCCGCGGGCUGUUUUCCUGUACAACAAGCCUUCUACAGCAUUUUCUUUUGAAGACUACCAAAUGUUGGAAGCUUUAUUGAUGUUUCUUGCAGCAUCUGUUGCUUCAUCAGACUGAAAGGUUCUGUCUUCAAUUUGCUGACUCAAACCACAGAUUCCAAGGAGAGGAGGGAGAAGUGGAAUAAAAUACUGAAGUGCCAGAGGAAAAUGUCAGACUAGCCAAUGACAAUUACUGUUACUAAACAGUAGACUGCUCUCACAGUGGGAAAAUGAAAUGCUGUCAAUUCCAAGUUUAUAAAAAUGACUUUUGCAGACUUUCCUCACUGAAUUUCAAGUAGGCUUGAAAUCCUUUAAGUGUUUCUGUUAGGAAAUGGGAAUAUGAUUCCUUGCUGGUGUCUUCCUUUCCCCCCCCCUUUUGCCUUUUUUUAUCUGGGGUAGGAAAUCAUGAACAAAUUCUAUGGAGUCAACCAAACAUACUGUUGAUGGUCAUGGCUGAUGCAGGAACUUCAGAUUUAUCUCUCCAAUGACACCUGAUUAAGGAAGAGGUUGAAAAUUGCUCAUUUGCUACUUUGUCAGAGCUUACAGUAACAAUUAAGGUCAUGCUUUCUUCCAUUUCCUGAGAUGUGAAUUCUGAGGUUAUGUUCCCAAAAAGGCAUGAGCAAAUAACUUAUGGUUUUUGUUUGGAAACAGAAAUAAUACGAGAAUGCCCAGAAGAGGUUUAGUAAUUCAAGCCAGGACUCGCUGGCUGUUAGUGGGCCUUGCCUUUCUAUUCAGUUUAGUUUUGCUUAUGUAUUUGCUCGAGUGUACCCCACAAACAGAUAAUAAUGGAUCUCUACCUGGCAUUAUAGGUGAGAACAUGGGUAAAGAGUACUAUCAAGCUCUCUUGCAGGAACAAGAAGAGCAUUACCAAAACAGAGCUACCAGUCUGAAACGUCAGAUUGCCCAGUUAAAGCAAGAGCUUCAGGAGAUGAGUGAUAAAUUGAAAACCCUGCAGGAAAAAAAGAGCCCCAAGGUCAAUGGUAUGAACUACCAGGGCACCAAAGAACAAACAUCAAACGAUCUCCUCGAGUUUCUUCAUUCCCAGAUCGACAAAGCUGAGGUGAGCAUGGGGGCCAAACUGCCUAGUGAAUAUGGCGUCGUUCCUUUUGAAAGCUUUACGUCCAUGAAAGUAUUCCAGUUGGAGAUGGGGCUCACUCGGCAUCCAGAAGAGAAACCUGUUAGAAAGGAUAAACGAGAUGAAUUGGUGGAAGUCAUUGAGGCUGGCCUAGAAGUUAUCAAUAAUCCAGAUGAAGAAGAUGGUCAAGAAGAAGAUGAUGGAGUAGGAGAGAGGCAGCUGUAUAGCGAAAAUGAUUUUGUAGAAGGUUACUAUCGUACAGAAAGAGAUAAGGGGACACAGUAUGAGCUGUUUUAUAAGAAGAUGGAUGGCAUGGAAUACAGACAUGUCACGUUGUUCCGACCUUUUGGACCCCUCAUGAAAGUGAAGAGUGAAACGGUUGAUAUUUCUAGAUCAAUCAUAAACAUUAUUGUACCUCUUGCUGGAAGAACUGAGGCAUUUGCACAAUUUAUGCAAAACUUCAGGGAUGUAUGUAUUCAUCAGGAUAAGCGUAUCCACCUCACAGUGGUGUAUUUUGGACAAGAUGGCUUAUCAGAAGUGAAAAACAUCCUGGAGUCUGUAGCUAGAGAAACUAACUUCCACAAUUACACACUCGUCUCUUUAAAUGAGGAAUUUAACCGUGGCCGGGGACUUGACAUGGGUGCCAGAGCCUGGGAAAAAGGAGAGGUCCUGAUGUUCUUCUGUGAUGUUGAUGUUUAUUUCACAGCUGAGUUCCUCAACAGUUGUCGCUUAAAUGCUGAGCCUGGGAAAAAGGUUUUUUAUCCGGUGGUAUUCAGCCUCUAUAAUCCUGCUAUUGUCUAUGCCAACCAAGAUAUACCACCCCCUGUAGAACAACAGUUGGUACACAAAAAGGAUUCUGGUUUCUGGAGGGAUUUUGGCUUUGGGAUGACUUGUCAAUACCGGACAGACUUUCUGACUGUUGGGGGUUUUGACUUGGAAGUGAAAGGCUGGGGCGGUGAGGAUGUUCACCUUUACAGAAAGUACUUGCAUGGUGACCUUAUUGUGAUCAGGACACCAGUCCCCGGUCUGUUUCACCUCUGGCACGAGAAACAUUGUGCAGAUGAACUCACUCCAGAGCAGUAUCGCAUGUGUAUCCAGUCCAAAGCCAUGAAUGAAGCCUCUCACUCGCACCUUGGGAUGCUGGUCUUCAGGGAGGAGAUUGAGACUCACCUCCGUAAACAGGCUUACAGGACUAACAGCGAAGCAGUGGGUUAAAUGGAGCCCUGUGACCGGGUGAAACUGAUGACUUCACGUUCACAAUGAACCAGCAUCAUUUUACAGCCUUAAUUCAGCUUAAAAAUGCAGUGCCUCUUUUUCAGUGAAGAAGAGUUUAGGGUUUCUUGGUUCUUGUAUUUGUUUUCUGAGUAACUCUUUGACUGAUAUGCUAUUACCUACAUACCUUGCAAGUUGAAGCACCUCAAAUAAGAAAUGGGAAAGCAUGUGUAGUUCAAGGAAAGUGUCUUCAGUGUCAAUUGGAGAGAUCAGUGGAAUGUACAACUCAACUCUUCUCCACAUGGUACAUUUUGAUUCUUAAAUUUACAUUAUUUUAAUUAAAUUAAAUAUUGUGCUGAGUAUUUUCAGUCUGUAUGGCUCACUGCACUGUGAUGUUAGAAGGCUAUUAUACUGACACUCCACUGUGGAAAUGAGGUGUGAAAAAGAAUCUUGCUGUAAAAGAUGUACAGGAUAUGCUAACUGGUACACUGUCUGUUCAGGCUGACUUCACAGCAAUAGCUUGAUGCAUUUGCUGUAUUAACAGACAUGCGCGUUGUUGAAUACAAAGAAAUUCAUGUGCAAGGGCAGAGGAAUGAUAGUCUUAAAUGGAAUUUUAGAGCAUUUAAUAUAAUUUCACACUGCAAAAGACACCACCGCCUUAUCUUGGUGACGGAUCAAAGAAGUUGGGAAUGUUCCAGUUGGGCAUUUCUGGAUGUAGUCUUUUCCCAUAGUACAUACCACAUCAUAGAAUCCCUUCUAUGAACUGAGCUAUGCUAUUAAACUUUUUUGUUUAAGGAUUUUUGGCCACACUCCUUAUUCAGAGGCCCUGCUUGUGCAUCUCAGCCUUUAAGCUGAGGAACCACCAUUUCAUUGCCAUGUGAAUUUAUUAGAGACCCAUUUGCUGUUAUGCCAGUGUUGUCCCUUUCUUUCCCUCUGUCAUUUUCCUGACGUGUUUUUGGAAGCAAGUCACAUACUCUUAGCUGUUUCACAGACUGGAAAAGCAAGUGCUGUUACAGUCUUCACAGGAUACUUUCUGUUCUACUGAUUUAUCCCAGUAGCCUUAUUCUUCACUCUUUCAAUUGUGUUUUUGUUUUCUUUUUUUUGGGGGGGGGAGGGAGUGGAAGGGGUCAAGCAUGCAUGAACAGAAUAAUGCUGCAGUCUCAUGAGUGUCUUGUACAAUGGCACUACUACUUCCCUACUUCCCUUUUGGGUGUUCUGGGAUGCAUAAGCAGUUUAAAUGCAGGCAGGUCACUUCUCUCCAUGUUGUCUUACAUGCUACCAUAUGGCAUGCCUCAUUUUUAAUACAUUUGUUUUUAAAAUUAAUGCUGAGAAUGCUAAUUCAGUGGUUAUACCAUUUGCAUGGUCUCCACAAAAUUUAGAAACUAGGCCAAAACCCUUCUCAAACCUUUUCAAACCAGGUAAUUAAGUUUUGUUAAUGAAUUCAGUUUGCUUCAAGAAUUCUGAAGGCAAUUAAAAAUUUAAAUGGUUGAUUUUUCGGAAUAGCAGAUAUGCUGUGCAAAUAGUUCCGGGCACUGAUCCUUUUAUAUGUACAUAAAAUUUGCCUUUAUGUAACUUAUUGUGGAGAACAGUUUCCUGUAUUGUACUUAGAGUGAAGAGAAUGCAUUGCAAGACUUCUUGCAACUGAUUCUCUGCAUAAUAAAUGGAAUAUCUGCAUUUUA